UAGCAGUUCAAUCGGGAAGCCGGUUGUAUUAAUCUGAUCCAUAAAUAAAAGCAUGAAUAGAAAAAAUUGAAUAAUCGACAUAACAAAAAUAAAGUAUCAUAUAAAAGUGUCUGCGCUCGCGAGCUUGGAAUAAAGCAUUCGUCUAAAAAAUCGGGAUAUAUGUAUGAAUAAUCGUGAGAAGUCGAACAAAAAUUGCUGAGCGAAGGCGUCGAGGAAGCUUUGCGGAAGGUAAAUUGAGUGGUGCAAAGUGGUUGAAAAUGUCUUCGCAUCACUUUGUUACGGUGUGUGUAGUGUGCGUACUAUGCGCAGCUCAUACACCGUGUUCCGCACACAUGGAUAUGUCAUCACCCAUAACAAAAAGUUCAUGGAGUUGGCCGGAUCCAAUGGGAUCGGUACCAACGUGGAGAGAAGAACGUUCCGGCGGGAGUCCGGAUUCAACGGGCGGACCGGAGCCAAAGUACGCCGAAGUCACAGAUAGUGUGCGCAGAUCGAAAGAGCCCAAGCGAGCAACAUCUAAAAAAUACUCGCACUCUUACUUGGAGUCAAAGGCCUCUAAACUGAGUGCGAAAACACAAGAGAAGAUAACGGAAAGUCUGCCGAAUUUGGAAAUUCACGAACGACUCGGACAGCCUCUCGAAGAUGUAGAAAAGCGUGGAGAUUCAAAAUUCAGUGACGGGAAUUCAAUGAAAAAAUGGCGAAACCGUCGUAACGUAGAAAUUGAUGAAAAAUACUUUAUGAAAAAACUAUUCAAUACUUAUGGCGAUGGGACGAGCCUCAGUAUCGAAGGAUUCGAAAAAUUAAUCAAGAGAUUGGGACUUUUUCGAAUGAUCGAGAAUUUGGAGAAUUUCGAUCAUAGCAAUGUCCUCGAAAAUCGGGGCAGUGUUCCGAAAGAUGGAGAAAAGCAUUCCCAGGAAAUUGGACUCGUCGAUGCCAACAGCUCAAAUUCGCCACAAAAAUGUCUCAACAGCGGGGAAUUGUUGAACACGGUUUCACAAAACUCGAGUUCUGUGAGAGCGAAUAAGACAAGCGCGAGUGAUGUGAAAGAAUUGCCGGGAUGGCUUUUUUCACGUGUUUGUCCUAUCCUUAUUUAUCAUCUUGCAAGUAACACGAGAUCUGAACGAGAAGGAUGCAUCGUUCCGAUGAACGCUUAUUCUCCGACGAUGACCGGACCGAUCGUGGAUGUGUUCGCUGUUAAAAAUGUCGAAGAAAUUGACGAGGAAACCCGAAAUAUGGUUCAAGUCUGGACCUAUUCUACAAUUAGCAUCGUGUUCAUAAGUAUAAGCGGCCUACUCGGUAUGUUCGUGGUGCCAUUUAUGGGCAAGAAAUAUUAUCACCAAGUUUUGCAGUUUUUCGUCGCCCUCGCGAUCGGCACUUUAUGCGGCGAUGCAUUAAUCCAUUUGUUACCGCACGCAAUGAUGUCGCAUCAUUCUCACAAUCACGAGACUGCUCUAUCCGGAAAAAGCGAAGCAGAAAUGGAAGCGGAGCACAACAUAAAUAUGUGGAAAGGUCUCACAGCAAUGAUAGGCCUGAUAAUAUUUUUCUUCACGGAAAAGGCCCUUUCGAUGAUCGCUGAAUGGCGGAAGCAUCGUCAACGAAAAAGCAAAAUUAUCCCUGAUGAUUUACAGCUCCCUUCGCGAGUCCGAGUAAUGCGAGAAACAGAUGGCAACAAUAGCAACAACGUCGGAGAAAAAUUGUGCAAACAUAAAUACUCAUCGUAUCCUUAUUGUUAUGGGGAAAUCACUACGGAAACAAGAGACAAUCAUCACGACCACGUGCACAACGACCAUGAGCGUCCAGCAACGAUUGAGGAGGAAAAGCCAUUAACGUCAAAGUGCAACAGCGUGUGUAAAAUGAAGGAAAAUAACGAUGACACAAAAAUAAAGAACAAUUUGUCUGGCGAGGAAUGGCAUAUGGAAGGUGAAAACGGACAAUUGAAAAAUCUCGGCAAAGCGUUGAACAACAGUGUUGGGAUUGGAAAUCCGGAAACACGGGACGAAGUUUGUCUCAACGAAUCCGAGAGCUAUACGGUUAUAAUACGCGAACACGAGAACAAUCACCAUGGUCAUACGCAUUCCCAUGGACACGUACAUGCGGCCCCUGAUUCGAUGUCGAGCGUCGUUUGGAUGGUCGUCAUGGGCGAUGGUCUUCAUAAUUUCACCGACGGCAUGGCAAUCGGUGCUGCUUUUGCAGCCAAUAUCGCAGGCGGUUUUUCCACCGCCAUUGCCGUUUUUUGCCACGAACUACCGCACGAGCUUGGCGAUUUUGCAGUUUUAUUAAAAGCGGGCAUGAGCUGGCAGCAGGCUCUCUUUUACAAUUUAUUGUCCUCUGUUCUUUGUUUGUUUGGCAUGGUUAUCGGCGUUCUUCUCGGUGCUACACCCGCAGCGACCAGCUGGAUCUUUGCCGCUGCUGCUGGAAUGUUUAUUUACAUCGCUCUUGUUGAUAUGAUUCCCGAAUUAUCGUCGUCUCACUCCGAAGAAGGUGGUUCGCAUUGGGAGUGUGUUCUCCAGGCUUUGGGUUUAUUGACGGGGCUCGGUGUGAUGUUGAUAAUAGCGCUCUAUGAGCACGACCUCAAGAACUUAUUUAGCGAUUGAAACGGGGGAAAGGAAGAAGAGUAAGAUCUUCGCCAAUUCUCGGUCGAUGAAAAACUUUUUCACAGAAACGAGAGCCGAGUGGAUAGAAACGAACCACGAAAUAGCGUUUGGUAAUGUUUACAGAAAUAGUACAAGAGCAAGUGUACGAAGAAAAAUAUGACGCGAAGUGAGGUGUAUUUCACCUAAAAAAAAAAACAUUCACAGUUCACUGCGAGAAGAUUCUCGAAUUAUUUACUCAUUUCGUUUGUUUUUAUCGGCUGUACUCUCCGUUGGAUGAAAAAUCCUAAAAAAUGCAGCCUGCAAAACGAAUAACCUCAUAAAUUUUUUUCAAGUUCUUCGUAACAAUCGACAAAAUCGUGAGAUUUAUAAAAACACACACACACACACCCACACAUACAUACACAGGCACACAAAAAACGUUCGAUAUUUAUCGAUAAUGUUCGAUAUUCGCAAUUUUUCACACACGCUCUUCGUGUACGACGUUGCAAUUAGCAUUACUCAUUUCAUGACUUUUCUACUAUUGUUAUCAACAAUUUUCAGUCUUGUUCACGUUUUUUUCUGAAAAUAUUGAAGAACUGCGUAAAAGAAAUAUUUCAACGCGUGCUUAAAGAAUCGAAACUCCGAAAAUACUUAUACUAAAGAAUAACUUGGUGCUACUUCCAAUAAUUGCAUAAUAAUUUCCAACAAUGUGAUCGCGUUUCCGGGAGAUAAAGCGAAACGUUCGAUGAAAAGAGAAAAAAAACUCGCUAAUCGCAUCUCGCAUUGGAUCGGGGUUGGGCACAACUUCUUUUCUCUUCUCUCUUGUAUAUUUUCGUUCGAACGAUGAUUGUCCGAAGCGGUCAAACACCGAAACAGUAUUUUAUCUUUACCAUCACGUCCUAAUCGAAUAUUUAUGAGCUCGUCGGGUAUUUCAGGAUGAAACUUUGCUUCUUUGUUUUUCUCAAAUUUUUAUACCCUUACGAACUUGUAAAUAAAUUUUUCAAGAAUUUUCAUUAGCCUUACUUUUGUAUCGAAAGAAAAUUAUCAAUUUCUUGUCAAAAAAGAACAUUUUUACAGACAACAUUUUUGAAUGUUUCUCGAAAUAUAUCAAUAAAAUUUCCACUUUCAAUUUAUCCUGAAGCAUUUGUCGAGCCUUGAUCAAUUUGUAUUGUGAUAUCAAUGAUCAAUCAUAAGUGGUUGACAAAAUAUGAAUACAUUUUUUUUUCGAUUCGGUGUUCUUGGCAAUUUUCUCAGCAGAAUUAUGACAGUGAAUAUCGUUAACGGCAUAAGAAAACGCUUCUCUAAUUGAAAGUACACAAAAAUUGCAACGAAUUAUCGAAUCCAUUAAAAUCUCUAGUUUUAACCACUUUGAUUAUCAUUUGAGGGAAAGGAAAGAAAAUUAUGAAAAUUCACGAAUUAUUGCCCUAACUCUUGUCGAAUACGUUCAUACAUCAUCCAAUCGCAAAAAAAAAAGAAAAAAAACUCGCAAUUUAAAUAACUCAUGUACUAUAUUUCUCACUAGUGUUAAUAGGGUAAAAAGAGGAUGGAGCGAAAUAGAAUAAUAAGUAAAGCGAAAAGAAACAUGACCCAUCGAUUAGUUAGAACUAUCAAUCGAGAAUUGAAUGACCUGUAUUUCCAUUUUUUCUUGUUUCCACUUUUUUUCUCUCGUGGUUCGCGCCGUGAAUUGCAUUUAUUUUUUUCUUCAGGCAGAGUAAAAUUUACUUCUGUUUCGCUGAUAUCUGAUUUCAGAUUGUGUGAAUGAUGUAUUUAUUUUUUUGGGCUUGUUGAUAGUAGCUCGCCCCCUUAAUUACUUAUUAAUUCAAUUGGAACGCUACUUCAUUUUGUGUCUCUUUUCGUAAACGUGAAUCGCAUGAGUACUUUUUUCCGUCUUUCAUUUCACUUAUUUCCUUAUUUCUUUGCCCUUUCCAUACGUUCUCGAACUUAAUUGAAUAAUUACUUAAAAGAGUUGAAAUAAAAAAAACUGGCUACGCGACUGUUAGAUUUUCGCUCGUCGACGAAAAGAAUGAAAUAAAAAUGAAUAAUUAUAAUAAUAUUAUAUAUAUAUACAAUGUAGGUACGAUAAAUAUACUUUUUUACGUAAAAAAAAUGAAAAACGAGGUCGAAUUCUUUUGUUCUUUCUCUCGUUGAAUUUGUUGCACUUUUUUUUCGUAUAAAAUUGAAGCGAACUGUUUCGGCAAAAUUUAUUGUGGAUUGAAUUCAUCGAUGGAGUGAUGGGGAUUUGUGAAAAAAAGUAUGUGAGAACUUACCAUUAAACAUUUCGUAUACUUUUUUCUUUGUAAUAUAGAAAAAAGUAAUAAAACAGGAGAAACGACUGGUUAUUCGAAAUGAA